AUGGAGGCGGCGGCGCGCAGGCGGCAGCUCCCGGGCGCGGCGGGCGCGCAGGCCAGGCAUGGCUCCGGGAAGGCUGAGGAGACGUUCCGCACUGCUCCCUUCCACUUUGACCUCUGGUUGUACUUCACGCUGCAGAACUGGGUUCUGGACUUCGGCCGCCCCAUUGCCAUGCUGGUAUUCCCACUAGAAUGGUUUCCUCUCAACAAGCCCAGUGUCGGGGACUACUUCCACAUGGCCUACAAUGUCAUCACACCCUUCCUUCUGCUCAAGCUCAUCGAGCGGUCCCCCCGCACGCUGCCCCGCUCCGUGGUCUACGUCACCAUCAUCACCUUCAUCAUGGGCGCCAGCAUCCACCUGGUGGGCGACUCUGUGAACCACCGCCUGCUCUUCAGUGGCUACCAGCACCACCUCUCCGUCCGCGAGAACCCCAUCAUUAAGAAUCUCAAGCCGGAGACGCUGAUCGACUCCUUUGAGCUGCUCUACUACUAUGACGAGUGCCUGGGCCACGCCAUGUGGUACAUCCCCUUCUUCCUCAUCCUGUUCAUCUACUUUAGUGGCUGUUUCACUGCCUCCAAAGCUGAGAACACCAUGCCAGGGCCUGCCCUGCUCCUGGUGGUGCCCAGUGGCCUUUACUACUGGUACCUGGUCACCGAGGGCCAGAUCUUCCUGCUCUUCGUGUUCACCUUCUUCGCUAUGCUGGCCCUUGUUCUGCACCAGGAGCGCAGGCGCCUCUACCUGGACAGCAACGGCCUCUUCCUCCUCUACUCCUUCGCCCUCACCCUGUCGCUGGUGGCAUUGUGGGUCGCCUGGCUGUGGGAUGACCCCGUACUCAGGAGGAAGUACCCCGGGGUCAUCUACGUCCCUGAGCCCUGGGCCUUCUAUACACUCCACGUCAGCAGUCAGCGCUGAGCCUCGUACCAGCCACUGCCCUGCUGGAGACGAGAGAGAGAGAGAGAAAGAGAGAGAGAGAGGGGGGAGAAUGCAUGUGCGCACACAUGCGUGAGCAGUGUGAGAAUGUGUGGCUAUGUGUUCUCCUUGAAGACUGUCUGUAUUCUGAGGCCUUUAUUGAAAGACUCGACUGUUUUGGUCAA